CCCUGACUCCUCCCUCCCAACUUCAUGUCUUUUUUGUGUUUUUAAACAACCCAUUGAUUCCAAUCUGUGAUGCCCAUGUACUCAUGAGUGUGGGACCAUGAACUAGGGCAUGGUCAGCCUACCAGGGGCCAUGUCCUUAAAGAAAAGUGACUCUCCAUCCUUCAGAAGCCCUCAGCUCUCAAUAACAGGCCCUCCCCACUCCAUGCUAUGUUGACUGGCUUGAUCUCGUGUAGACAAAUAUAGGUGCUGUUGCAUUCAUGAGUGCAGUAGUCCUGUCCUGUCCAAAGUCCUCCCCAACCUCUGACCCUUACUAUCUUUCUGCCGCCUCUCGCAGACUUGCACAUUUUAAGUUGAAUCCCAGUUAAGAGAUUUUUGUUGUUUGUUUGUUUUUAACGUUUCUAACCUCUCUGGUCCCAUCAGCACACCCUUCCAGACUGGCAAGCAAAAACGAUGGACGUGUGCACAAUCUGUUUUUGUGAGCAGUGAGGAAGUCACUUCCAAGAUGGGCACACCUCGAUGAGAGUCAAAGGGUAGGACGCACCCUGCCUUUAAGACACUGGGAAAGUCAUUGUUCCCAGGAACCACGGGCCUUCCUCUGUGUCCUGGACUCAGUUUCUCUGUGGUGCUCAUCACUGUUCUCCACAGAACAGGAUACUGGAUGUGCGGAAGAGCGGUAGAGAGGUGAUGAGGGAGCACAUCACACAUUCCCUCCGAGGAGGCCAGGGCCAGACCGAAGAACGACACGAAGUUCCUACAGUUUAGAGUCUUAGUUCGAGGAGGUGGACAUUAUGCCUUAGCGUCACAAAGCACUGGAAAGCUGGCCUGUUCGCGCCCUGGCAACGCGCAGGCGCACCAGAGAGCGGCCGGCGCAGGCGCACGACGGUCAGCUAAGUGCGGGAGCGCCAUGGAACAGCGGUUAGCCGAGUUCCGGGAGGCUCGCAGACGGGCCGGGCUCACAGCACAGCCGUCCACGUCGAGCCAGGACGAGCAACGCUCGGGAGAGAAGACGGAGGAAGCAGCUGCGCCCGCAAAGGCAGCACCAGGCUGGCUGAGCCGCUUCCUGGAGUGCAAACGGAAGCCCGUCCAGGCGCGGGCCAGGCCGGCUCAGGAAGCCGCGCGCCUGCUCCGGGGGAGCUCAGCUGUCCCUCCGACCUCGCCCUGUCCCCAGUCUUUCCUGACCAACAUCACCUUCUUGAAGGUUCUUCUCUGGUUGGUCCUGCUGGGUUUGUUUGUGGAACUGGAGUUUGGCCUGGCUUAUUUUGUCCUGUCCAUGUUCUACUGGAUGUACGUGGGCACCCGAGGUCCGGAGGAGAAAAGGGAAGGAGAGAAGAGUGCCUACUCCGUGUUCAACCCGGGCUGCGAAGCCAUCCAGGGCACCCUGACCGCAGAGCAGCUGGAGCGAGAGCUGCAGCUCAGGGCCCCGCAGAGCAGAUAGGACCGGACCCUGCUGUUACAGCCAGCCCCUGCAGGUCCUCCCCAGCCCUGGAGCCCAGAGGACAAAGGACAGUGGCUCUGUGUCUCCAACGUUCUCCACCCUUCCCUCAUCUGCUACAAGUUCAUCUUGGAACUCCUCUGAUUUUGGUGACAUUUUCUAAAAGACACUCACUGUGGAGCUGAUGUAGUUUAUAAAAGCCAUAUAAGAAAGGAAUCCAGUCUGUCUCAUUAUU